AUGAAUGUUCCUAACAUACGCUGUCUUGGAUUGAACUUGUCUCAUAAACAAGGCUAUGUUGAAAGUCAUGGGAUCAUCAUUCCAAUUCCUACUCUUUCCUCGAAAAUCAUCAAUGUUGCCCCAUCUAUUGAUGAUCUAUGUAUUACUGCAAGAAUAAGAAAGUGGAUUGAAAAUCCCUAUGUGGUUGAAUCCUUAGACUCUGAAGAGGCUAACAUAGGAGAAGACUUCACUCAAAAUAUGAGUUCUCCUGCAAGGAAAAACAAGCACAUAUGUUUUUCAUCUUCUUCCCCGGAUGAUGACACUGAAAAUUGUGGAUCAAUCCCUCCAAUUGGAGAUACUACUAAGCCAAUGGUCCAGCAUGAACCUUCUCUCACACCAUCUCCUUUUCCUCAAGCUGAUACAGUCCAUCAAGCUGAACGGAUCCUCCUACACCAUCACCCAUUAAUAUUUUUGUUCUUUAUCAGGUUAACUCGGUCAAUAAAUAAAAGCUUGGCUAAAGUUGAAAGGAAUGUGGCCACAAUGAAUAGAUAUAUGGCCUUGGAUGGUGAAGAUGUGGAUGAUAUUGUUGUUGAUGACACUCCACCAAACUCUCCAAGUGAUAAACCUCCUCCACCACCUUCUCCUCCAUCACAUCCUCCUCCAAAAACUCCUUCUACUCUCCUCCGUAAUCUAAUGCUACCAAAAAGGGGGAGAAUUAUCAAGGGGUCCUCAGCUAAUGCAAAUGGUUAUUAUAUCUCAACUUGA